UCCUCUAUUCAGCCUCUGUUCAAACCACACCUUUUGCACUUUGGAUGAAUAUCAGCAGAAGGUGUAGUGAAUAUUUCCCACUCUACAUGCUAAAGAGCAAUGAAGACCUCAGUUCCUUUCUAAAGAAUGUGAUCCUAGUUCAGGAAUAUCCAUUUGCUUAUGUUUUAUUCUCAGGAAUCCUCAUUUUUUUCUCACAGCGAGUCUGUCAUUCCCAAGAGGAUUAUAAACAACUUACCCAACAUGACAUUUUCUGGAGUGUUUUCAAGUGUGUGCGCAAUAAUUACCAGAGUAUUGCUGUUCUUGAGUCGUCCAAUAUGUUUUAUUAUUGCUAAAUUUUUUACAGGGACCUGGAAGAAGAAGAAAGCGACUCUACAGAAGGAGAAUGACAGAGAAGAGGAGCUCCGUGCAAUGAUUGGGACUCUGAAGGAGGAGAAUGAGACUUUGAAGAAGGAGAAUGAGUUAUUGCGUGUAAAAAUAUACAAAGUUGAUGUCACCCUCGACGCUGACACAGCUCAUCCUAGACUGCAAGUGUCUGAAGAUGGGGAGAGCGUAAAAGACACUGGUGUGAUCAGAAAGGUGCCAAGCAAGGAGAAGAGAUUUGAUUCCCACACUUUUCUGUUGGCAAAGGAAGGUUACACAUCAGGGAUGCAUUAUUGGGAAGUGGAUGUUGGAAAGAAGCACAACUGGAACUUGGGUGUUGCCCAGGAGAAUGUGGCACGAAAAGAGACAGUGGCUCUGUCCCCUAAGAAUGGUUUCUGGGUCAUAGGGUUAGCAGAUGGGCAAGAGUAUUGGGCCCACUCAGAUCCUUGGAUCCGUUUAAUUGUGAGCGGCAGACCACAGAAGAUUGGGAUCUUCCUGGACAUCUCAUCCAAGAAGUUGUCAUUCAUCAGCGUUCAUCAGAAAAAAGUGCUGUACACUUUUACCUCUGUUAGUCAUCACGGCCAGAACGUGAGGCUUUUCCCUUUCUUCUCUACAGGUUCAUCUGCAACCAGUUCUGACACUGAGCCUCUAAGAAUUGCAUAGGGGUUCAAUGAUGAUGACAAGUGAAUGGUUGAAGUGAAAAUGUACAGCUAAUUAAUGACUGAAAUCCAGAGUCUGAGGUCAGACUACACUCUAUUCAGCCCCAUGCUUUGUGCCACCAAGCUGAAACAUUUAAAAUACUUCCACCAUUGCUUGUUAAGCCUUCCGUGAGCCAUUUCUGCAUGAAAACCCUGACUUCAGGCCACUAGUCACUGGGUAGAGAGAGCCUCCGGGUGUUUCUAUCAACCUAUACAAAUGUUUUCUAAGCCCUGGAGCAGAUAAAUACUAUUUGUGUAUGCCUGCAUACAGAUCGUUCCAUCAGGUGUGAAGAAGAGCAUGAAUUCUUUCUCUGUGCACUGAUCAUCACAGGAAAUAUGACACCUGUGUGCAAAAGUUGGUGACUGCGCUAGCACAGAAGAGCUUUCUGAUGAGCUGAAACCACACUGCUUAAAAAGACCUAGAUUCUAUACUAGAUGAUAUAGAUAUAUAGAUACUAAUACUAGAUGAUCACCAGCCAUGGCAGAUCCUUCUAUGUCAGCUGCAAAAACUUAGCGCCAACUGAAGGCAACUUGGCUGACUUGCCAUCAGUGUUUCUUUCUGCAGGAAUUCCUUUCAUUGGAAAUGGUGUGAAGUAUGGGCCAGCCCUCCUCAUUUUUGUGUAUACAAUAAAAUUUAUUCAGGAGAAUUCACAAGGCGCUAAUAUCCUUGCUAAUAUCCUCUCAUUUUUAGUGAGUACAGAGUACUAUGGUUAAGCUUUGUUGGACUUGAUGAUCUUCAAGGUCUUUUCCAACCUGGGUAAUUCUAUGAUCCUAUGAUUCUACAGACAGAAUUCACAUUGAAUCUGCGAAGCUGAACAUAGCUAAGCUUCCAUGUCAGUAAGCUUGUUGCUGACAUCUCCCACCCCUGCUAUUUCUAGAUUGAUGGAUUUAGCCUUUUUCUCUCCAAAGGAGAGAAUGGAUAAGUGUCAUGGUUUUGUAAUGCUGCUGUCAAUAUUCCACAUCAUAAC